GACUGUCAAACAAAGGCCAACCCGCUGCGCACCGUUUCACCUCUUUCCUUACCCUUUCCCAUUCUCCACUGAUUGGCCCCUGAAGAAAAGAAAAAGCCGAGUGAAAGGGGAGAAAGAAACGUUAGGGCUUCUUCAAAAAGAGGGGAAAAAAAAUCGAAAAAUGGAAAUUUCGGAGAAAAAGGAAGCAGAGAUCAAUAACAGCAGCAAAGAUUCGAAUAAUAAUAGUAAUAUUAACGUCGAAAUUACGGAUUCUGAUACCAAUAAUAUGAAUAAAGAAGCUGAAGAACGCCAAGCUCGUGAACUUAAAGCCGGUUUGCAUCCUCUCAAGCACAAAUAUGUGUUCUGGUACACUCGUCGGACACCUGGAGUUCGAACCCAAACAGCCUAUGAGGACAAUAUAAAGAAAAUUGUGGAUUUCAGUACAGUUGAAGGUUUUUGGGUCUGUUACUGCCACUUGGCCCGUUCUUCUACUUUGCCAAGUCCAACAGAUUUGCAUUUAUUUAAGGAGGGAAUCCGUCCCCUAUGGGAGGUAAUUAUUGAAGACCUGACCAUCAAACUGUGUGUACCAAUAACAGUCGGCAUAAACUUGUAUAAUAGCUGUCAAAUCUUAAAUAUUUUAUUUAAGAUGAUUCCUGUGUUUUUCAUAAAAUUUGUGAUAUCUCAGGACUCUGCCAACUGCAAUGGUGGCAAAUGGAUAAUUCGGUUCAAAAAGGUUGUCUCAGGUCGCUUUUGGGAAGAUUUGGUUCUUGCCUUGGUGGGUGAUCAACUUGAUUAUGGUGAUAAUAUUUGUGGUGCAGUACUGAGCAUUCGCUUCAAUGAGGAUAUAUUGAGUGUAUGGAAUCGUAAUGCAUCUGACCAUCAGGCUGUUAUGGCCCUAAGAGAUUCAAUUAAACGGCACUUAAAGCUUCCCCACAGCUAUGUUAUGGAAUACAAGCCACAUGAUGCUUCUUUACGUGACAACUCAUCAUAUCGAAACGCAUGGUUGAGAGGGUAGAAGUAUCUAGUAUACUUUAACGAAAACAACCGGAUACAAACAUUGCAGAUGUUAUGUUUAACUUCUCUGCUUCUUCUGAGUUGCUUCACUAAUCCUGUAUUUUGGCAUGAGAACCAUGUCGAAUGUCACGAUUGUGAGAAUCCUUUAGAUUGAACUCUAAGAGGAUGGCAUUUAGACUGCAGUCAGAUGUUGGUUUUAUAGAUGAAAUAUUCCUUAACCCUUGGUUUCAA